UCAUCAGCAUGCGACGAUAGCGGAAGAGACGUGGCAGAAGUCAUUCUUUCCGGAAGAAAAUGUUGCUCAAACAUGAAGCUAAAUAACUAGGCUGGAAGAAACACUUUACGCAAUAGAGAGAAGACUGACUUGUGGUGAUUCUUUUGACAGGCAGACCAUGGGUCUGUGUAAGUGUCCGAAGAGGAAGGUGACGAACUUGUUCUGCUUCGAGCAUCGUGUCAAUGUGUGUGAACAUUGCCUGGUGUCCAAUCACAGCAAGUGUAUUGUGCAAUCCUACCUGCAGUGGCUCCAGGACAGUGAUUACAAUCCUAACUGCAGUCUGUGCAAUCAGCCUCUGAAUUCCCAGGACACUGUGAGAUUAGUGUGCUAUGAUCUGUUCCACUGGUCCUGUCUGAAUGAACUGGCAUCACGCCUGCCCCUGUACACGGCGCCGGCAGGUUAUCAGUGUCCGACAUGCCAGGGGCCUGUUUUUCCUCCUGCCAACCUCGCCAGCCCUGUAGCCGACAUGCUGAGAAUUCAGCUGUCCUCAGUGAACUGGGCACGAGCAGGAUUGGGCCUUCCACUGGUCGAAGGCCAGCCUGAGGUCGAAGAAAGCACCACACACGAUGUGACUGAUUAUACAGACUGGACCUUUGAUGCUCCUUCUGCUGAAUCGUCUGUUUCUGCCCCAUCGCACUCCUAUGCCCUAGAGCCAACAGUCACUCCAGCAUGUUCCCAUCAGGACUUGGGGCACAGCCACAGUGUACACAAUAACGGAGGACUGGAGGUACAGGAGCAUUCCGUCAUCAGCAUGAUCACAGCCACUGCACCGGACACGAUGGUCAUCAGCAAAGCUUCUUCACCUAGAAAGGUGUACGACACACGAGGCUCAGGCCACACUUCGGUCACUCAGAUCGACUUCGAUGAUGAUAAGUACCGGCGGAGGCCAGCGCUCAGCUGGUUUGCACAGAUCCUAAAGAACCGCUUGGGCCCGAAGAGAAGGACAUUCACACUAAAGCAGAGAAUCUUCAUGCUCCUAAUCCUGGGAGUGCUCGGCUUCUUCACCCUCAUCAUCAUCAUGGCCAAGCUGGGCCGGGCUUCUGCUGACGAAGACCCCAACCUGAACCCCAUGCUCAACCCUAAUAUCAGAGUGGGCAACAUGUGAACAGCGUACAGCUCCUGUAGAAGAAAGCAAGCAGGAAGUGUGGUGGGACUCUCCUGAGGGCCGGGACCAACAUGUAAAUGCCUGUCAUCAUUGUGGGGAGGAGGAGGAUGAUGAUCCAGUCACUUUUCUUCCUGUUAAAGUCUCCUCCUUAAUCUGACCACUUGCAAAAGAAAAAGACUUAACAUCUGGAAGGAACUCUGAAUAUUAGACCAUAUUUAACACUUUGCAGUGUGUUCAUGUCUGUGUGAAUGCAGUACUGUAAUUGUGUGUGUGUGUACAGUACUUUCGGUAGGAAGGAGAGAGCAUUCUGAGAAAGCAGUAUGUCUAAUCUGUAUAAUUGGAUUCGAAUUGAAGCAUUUGCAUUGAAUUCCAUGGUAUUGGAUACCAAAGCUGUGCAUUGCAGCUCCAAAUGGAAAGAAAUGGAUGAGACAUUGCUGUGUGUGUGUGUACGUGUGAAAUCCUUUAAUAUGGUUCAUACCGUAUUUUUGAAGGAUGUGUGGGUUACAAUGGCACAGAGCCACGAUCUGACUAACUAACCUGGUUAAGCGUUGUCCAAUCUGUCAAGGUGUUCAAUCUAUAUUUUCCUAAAUAUACGGUUUAUUCUGUAAAGUGUUUUCGGAUUCCAAUUUUAAUCCAAAUACGAUCCACAGAAUUGGGAUGGGUUUCCGAAAAGCACCGUAGCACAAAGAUCGUUAAAUGGGAGAGCGAGCAGCACACUGAACACUGUCUCUCCGCGUUAAGAUGCUCUUAGCGUUAAGAGGCUUUUGGGAAACCCACCCCUGGUCUUUAAACUGAAGGUCAUUGGGGUUUUGCUUUUUGAAUUUUGUAUGUAUACCUGAUCACGCUUUACAUUAAGGUUCUCUGAUCUGAUAUUAGUUAACAUGUUGGUUAACAAAACAAAAAAAUGACACUGGUAUGCAGUUCAUUGAUGUUGAUUUUUUUUUUUUUUAACGAACCAAAACUACUAACAAACACCUGCAUUAAAAACCAUCAUUGAUGAGUAAAAUUAAAGCCUUUAAUUAAAAAAAAAAGUGAACCAGUAAUGAACGGUUGGAGUUGUUUACUGACAAAGUAGUUUCAAUAGUCAGUCAUAGAGAACUUUAGGAUACUGUAAUUUAUGAUGAUUUCUGUGGAUUUUUUUUUUUUUUAAGUCAUGGAUUGAAUAAAGCAGUGAAUGCAGGUGUAUGAUGGUGUAUUACGGAGGGAAUAGAACACUUUCGGGGCAUGGUGUAGUAGUUAAACUGAUAACUCAAUAUACAGUAACUCUCCAUAACCAAUAACAGUGUUUUUUAUUCCUCAGCAAUUCGAAUUCAUUUAUUACAAUGAACUGGUUCAUGAAUGACACAUGAUGCUGGUUAGAUUUAAUGUCAGACCAAUCAGAUUUGAAUCUGUGAUGACGUUAACUAAUGUAGUAAAUAAUUUUAGGUAAAGGAAUCUGAAUGUAAAGCUUUCCUGUACAUCUGAGUGAAACCUGUUCUAGUGCAGUCAAUCCUUUCUUAAGUUGGGUUUCUCUGUUCCAGGCUCUCUUUGCUUUUAAAAGGUUCUCCAGUACAUACAUGAUAGAGAUUGUACAAGAUGAAACUUUUAGUUGACACUCAAACGUGGGAGUGAGGAUGUGUUUGUACAGUAUUCAUCUGAUAGAAAAGUGAUUGAGCUAACAGGAUUUUGCUCUAUGUCAAACUCUAUUAAAUUAUGAACUUUAUAAAAA